UGUGCCAGAUCGUGUGGAUGCUGGACUCGGGUGGAUUGUGACUGUUGAGUUGCUAUGAUGAAACUGGCCCCAACAUGUCACCUCUUACUCGUCACCCUGCUUCAUGUCAAACUGACAGGUGUGCAUGGGAGGAUCAUUGGUGGUGUAGAAGUAGAGCCUUAUUCCAUCAAGUAUCAAGCCUCCAUCCUCUAUGGCGGCACUCACUUCUGUGGAGGAACCCUCAUACACCCACAGUGGGUGGCGUCUGCUGCCCACUGCUGGAGGCCGAGUCAAAAGAUAAAGGUCAUCCUGGGUCAGCACAACCUUGUAGAGGUUGAGGAAUCUGAGCAGAUAUUCAACGUCUCAUUGAUCGUCAAACACUACCAGUACAAUUACUGGAUACUUGACAACGACAUCAUGCUGCUUAAGCUGGACCGUCCGGCCACCAUCAAUACCAUGGUCGCGCCAGUCUCCUUGCCAGAAAAGGACUCACCCCCUCUGGAAAACCUUGCUCGAUGCACAGUUAGCGGCUGGGGCGUGACCUGGGUCUAUGGCCAAAGACUGUCUUCUGACCUGAUGUCUGUGGAUGUGGACUACUUCUACGAUUGCUGGAACUACUACUACUUCAGAAUCACAGACAACAUGAUCUGCGCUGGCUCUCUUAAUGGUGGGAGAGAUUCUUGUCAGGGUGAUUCAGGUGGACCACUCAUCUGCAACGGCAAAUUUGAAGGCAUUGUUUCUUGGGGCAUCGGCUGUGCGUAUGCUUCCUACCCUGGUGUGUACACCAAGGUCAGAAACUACCUCUCAUGGAUCAGCUGGGUCAUCCAGAGCAGCCAGUGAUUCUUGAGCUCAACAGUCCACGCUGAUAAGCAUUUGAGCAGAUCCUAAAUGACUAUGUUGUGUGUCUGUGUGUGCCGUCUUUUCUACUUUUAUCGUGACUACACUUAAAUAUGCUAUCUGCUAAAAUUGGAUUACCAGAAAAUUAGAGUAUAAACUUGUCACAUUUCUUCCCCACCCCAUGACUAUCCCCUUAAAUAUGGAUAUUAGUGUUAUAAAAGUUCAGUUAAAAAGCACUUUGUAUGUAAACCUCCAAGAAGAUACAGCUGACUUCAAAA